AUGUGUAAAAUCCCUCUGCGGCUCCUGGAGCAGACACGUUUCGGGGACCAGAUCUGGCCCAACGCGCCCCGCGCCUCCAAACUCCAACCGGGAUGGAGCGGCGCGUGCUUGUUGGUGCUGUUAGUGUCCGAUUUCCUGGAGUCGUCUUUGUGCGCAAACGGCGCAAAACACGAAGGAUUCUGCCCCAAUAAGUUGAACUCCAACCUCUGGGUUGACGCGCAGAGCACCUGCGAGAGAGAAUGCAGCGUCGAUGAGGACUGCGCCGACUUUGAGAAAUGCUGCACGAACGUGUGCGGCCUGAGCAGUUGCGUGGCGGCCCGGUUCUCGGACGGCACCCCGGCCCGGCCGGACGCCGGUGGGGGGGGCGACUCGGACCCGGAGUCCGCGGCCACGUGCGAGGGCUUCGUGUGCAGCCAGCAGGGCGCGACCUGCGACAUCUGGGACGGGCAGCCCGUGUGCAAGUGCCGGGACCGCUGCGAGAAGGAGCCCAACUUCACGUGCGCGUCGGACGGCCUGACCUACUUCAACCGCUGCUACAUGGACGCGGAGGCGUGCGUGCGCGGGGUGACGUUGACCGUGGUGCCUUGCCGCUUCUACCUGGCCGGGCCCCACACCAGCCCCCUGCCCCAGGACACCACGGUGCACCCCACGCCCACGGCCUCCCUGCAGGACCCCGUGGCCCCCGCCCUGUUCUCCAACCCCCACCACCAGUCCGUGUACGUGGGGGGCACGGUGAGCUUCCACUGCGACGUGGUCGGGGUCCCGCGGCCCGACGUGACCUGGGAGAAGCAGCAGGGCGACCGGCGGCGGGGGCUGGUCAUGCGGCCCGACCGGAUGUACGGCAACGUGGUCAUCACCAACAUCGGCCAGCUGGUCAUCUACAACGCGCAGGUGUGGGACACGGGCGUGUACAGCUGCGUGGCGCGCAACGCGGCGGGGGCCCUGCGCGCCGACUACCCGCUGUCCGUGGUGCGGCGGGCCCACGGCGACGGCGGCUUCUCCGAGGACCCCGAGAUGCCCAUGGGGCGCCCGUUCUCUCCGGCCGACUGCCUGGCCGAGGUGGACCUGCGCGCGUGCAGCGGCGAGCGCCACGUGGACUGGUACUACGACGGGAAGCUGGGCUCCUGCGCGGCCUUCAGCAGCGGCGGCUGCGAGGACAGCCGCAACCGCUUCGAGACCUACGAGGAGUGCAAGGCCUCCUGCCAGCGGGAGGGCGCCGGGGUCUGCGCCCUGCCCGCCGUCCAGGGCCCCUGCAAGGCCUGGGAGGCGCGCUGGAGCUGGAACGCGCUGACCAAGCAGUGCCAGGCCUUCGUCUACGGCGGCUGCCACGGCAACGCCAACAGCUUCCGCUCGAAGAAGGAGUGCGAGGCCGCCUGCCCCGAGCCCAAGCGCAGGCCCUGCCGGAGCUGCCGCAUGAGGGGGAAAAUGAUGGCCAGCCUGUGCCGCAGCGACUUCGCCAUCGUGGGCCGGCUGACGGAGCUGGUGGAGGAGCUGGACUCCGGUCUGGCCCGCUUCAGCCUGGAGGAGGUGCUGAGGGACGAGAAGAUGGGCCUGGCCUUCUUCAACACCAAGCACCUGGAGGUGACCGUCAACAGGAUAGACUGGAGCUGCCCCUGCCCCAACAUCACGGUGGAGGAGAACCCGCUGCUGGUCAUGGGGGUGGUGCAGGACGGCAUGGCCAUCAUCCAGCCGGACAGCUACGUCAAAGCCGUCACCGAGCGCAGACUCAAGAAGCUGCGCGAGGCUCUGGACAAGAAAACCUGCGAGGGAUCCUAG